AGUAAGACUGACGUUCCAUUCCAAGAUGGCAGACAUGCCGCUUGUACCGUGAUAGUAUGGAAUCGUAGGAGUAUAAGUUUUAGGUGUGUCUUUCUAAAUAUCGAACUAUAAUGUCUCCCGAAAUUUUGACUAAAAUCUUUUACGAAUAUUUCGACAAUGUGAAGCAACGUUCUCGCGUUUUGUGCGCUAGAUUUAGGUAACGUUUGUGCCGAAACAUAUGUAAGACGGUGAUCGAAAUCAUUGUGUUUUUCGGUGUAUCGUGUACGAUAAGUAUUCUAGUUUGAUGUUAAAUUAAAAUGUGGAAUAUGAUGUGCGACGUGAUGCCCACGAUAUCUGAAGACAGUAUUAGCCAAAGGAGUUCGCAGUUCUCAGGCGAGGACGCAAAUUUUGAGCAGCUCAUGGUGUCAAUGUUGGAUGAAAGAGAUAAAUUAGUCGAAAGCCUUCGAGAGACGCAGGAGCGUCUCGGGGACACGGAAUUGCGGCUCAAGGAUGUGGAGAAAGAGCGGGACUCGCUGCAUCGGCAAAUCGCAGCCAACUUACCUCAGGAAUUCGCGACCCUCACGAAGGAGCUCAACCAGGCACGAGAACAGCUCUUAGAGCGGGAAGAAGAGAUCUCAGAACUCAAAGCGGAGAGAAACAAUACCAGGUUACUCUUAGAGCAUCUAGAAUGUCUAGUGUCACGACACGAGCGCUCACUGCGCAUGACGGUGGUGAAGCGGCAGGCGGCCGCUCAGUCCGGUGUCUCCUCCGAAGUGGAAGUUUUGAAAGCGCUGAAGAGUCUAUUCGAACAUCACAAGGCGCUCGACGAGAAGGUUCGAGAAAGACUGCGGGUUGCGUUAGAGAGAAAUACAGCGUUGGAAGAAGAAUUAGCGUUAACCAAAGAAGAAUUACAGCAAUACAAAGCGUCUGGCACACAAGACGGGGAAAAGCCCAAAGAGAAUGGCACAGCUACAACAGGCUCGCCCGAACAGAACGGCGAGCAGCAACAACCUAAGGAGAGUAGUGUUAACGGCGAAACGGAGGGCAAGAAACUCACUGAGCUCCAAAACACGAUCGCCAAGCAGUCAGCGGAACUAAGCUCGUGGCAGCGUCGCGUUGCGGAGCUUAACAAUAAAGUGACCGAGUUGGAAGAUAGACUGACGAAGGGUGAAAAAGAAUUAGCGAAAAAGCAAGACGAGUGCGCUAAGUUACAACGCGACCUGAGAGAAAACGUGGCUCAAAAGGAAGACCAGGAGGAAAGGAUAGCAACUCUUGAGAAGCGAUACUUGAACGCUCAACGCGAGUCCACGUCCCUGCACGACCUCAACGAGAAGUUGGAGCAGGAACUGCAGCACAAACAGGCCCAGCUCAAGCUGCAAGAAGAGAAGAUCGCGGCCAUCGAGGAGAAGUUGGAACUCUCCACGCAAAAGUUGGCUCAGAUGUCUUCGUUGCCAGAAAUGGAGGAGCAGCUUAAAGCGAGAAUGGAAGCGCUCAGCCAGGCUCAAGAAAGACACGGCUCGGCUGAAGACCGCAUCCAAAGGUUAGAGGCGAACGUGGAAGAGAAGAACGCGGAGCUAAUGAGACUCAACCAGCGGUUGCGGAUGAACGAGGAGCACAAUACUCGGCUAUCGGCCACGGUGGACAAACUGCUCUCCGAGUCAAAUGACAGAUUGCAAGUUCAUCUCAAAGAGAGAAUGCACUCACUGGACGAAAAGAACGCGCUCACUCAGGAGUUGGAGAAGACGCGGAAGUACGCAGACGAGCUGCUCUCAGAGAAGGCGGAGAUACUGAAGGAGCUGGCCAAGUGGAGGAUGGAGACGGAGCAGCUGAAGCGGCAGAUGCUGCAGGCGGAGAUCGCCUUCAACAUCCAGCAGACGGACGCGCUGACGCGCUCGCUGUCGCCCGCCGCGCCGCCGCCGCACGCGCACUUCCAGCCCAAGCUGGACGGGUCGUGGGAGAAGCUGCAGCAGGCGCACGUGCUGGCCGGCGUGCAGGCCUUCGACGUGUCUAGCGACGCAGAGAACGACGAGUCAGAAGGCGCUGAGGGCGGACACACGGACGCCGCGGCCCUCGCGCUCAUGCUGCAGGAACAGCUGGACGCCAUCAACACGGAGAUACGCCUCAUACAGGAGGAGAAGCAGAGCACGGAGGCGCGCGCGGAGGAGCUGGAGUCCAGGGUGGGCAGCUACGAGCACAUGAACGUGGUGUCGCGCCGGGCCGAGUCUCCGCCCCCCGCCGCCUCACCCUCCAGGCCCAACCACCACAAGUACCACACCGCGCCGGCCUCCAUGUCUCCGGCGCACGCGCACUACCGCGCCGCGCCCGCCUCCGAGAGCCUGCCCUCCAGCCAGCUGCAGCUGUGCGAGGACGCGGGCGCGGCGGGCGCGGCGGGCGCGGCGGGCGAGGCGGGCGAGGCGGCGGGCGGCGCGGCGGGCGCGCGCGCGCUGCGCCUGGAGCGCGCGGCGCGGGCGCUGCACGCCGAGCGCGACCGCCUGCGCACGCACUACCAGGCGCCCUACGACUCGACGUCGAUGAUGUCGGGGAGCCUCGCGAGGAUCCCCAUACACAGCUCGAGCCAGGAAUCCCUGGGUGGGGUCGUGGCAUCGAGCAGCGCCGCAUGGGGAGGCGCGUCCCCAGGUCUGCCCAGAGGGGUCGCGGCCGCGGCCUCCGCCGUUUCCAUCGCCUCCAUGCACCAGCAGAAGAAGAGAGGUAUCAAGAGCUCGCUGGGAAGAUUCUUCAGCAAGAAGGAAAAAGCGGGAAUGCCGAUGGCGCAGGGGCAGAGCCCGCGCUCGCUGUCGUCGGCGUCGUCGUUGGGGCUGGCGGCGCUCGGCGACGACGACGCGCACGCACACGCGCCGCCGCAGCACCAGGACUACGCGCGCACCAAGACCAAGGAGCGCGACUACCGGCACGAGCUGCUGGGUGAGGCCAUGCGCGCCGGCACGCCCUUCGCGCUGUGGAACGGGCCCACGGUGGUGGCGUGGCUGGAGCUGUGGGUCGGCAUGCCGGCCUGGUACGUGGCCGCCUGCCGCGCCAACGUCAAGUCCGGGGCCAUCAUGUCGGCGCUCUCGGACCAGGAGAUCCAGCGGGAGAUCGGCAUCAGCAACCCCCUGCACCGGCUGAAGCUGCGGCUGGCUAUACAGGAGAUGGUGUCCCUGACGUCCCCGUCGGCGCCCCGCGGAACGGCGUGUGCGGCGCUCGCCUUCGGGGACAUGAACCACGAGUGGAUCGGCAACGUGUGGCUGCCCUCGCUGGGCCUACCUCAAUAUAGAACGACUUUUAUGGAAUGCCUGGUGGACGCUCGGAUGCUGGAGCAUCUCACGAAAAGAGAUCUUCGGACUCAGCUGAAGAUGGUCGACAGCUUUCACAGGACGUCCCUGCACUUCGGCGUGGCGUGCCUGAAGCGCGUGGGCUACUCCGUGCGCGCGCUGGACGAGCGGCGCCGCGCGGCCGAGCUGGUGGCGCGCGACGUGCUGGUGUGGACCAACGAGCGCCUGCAGCGCUGGCUGCUGUCCAUCAACCUCAAGGAGUACGCCAACAACCUGUCCGAGAGCGGCGUGCACGGCGCGCUCAUCGCGCUGGACGAGAACUUCGACGCCAACAGCAUGGCGCUGGCGCUGCAGAUCCCCACGCAGAACACGCAGGCGCGACAGAUCCUCGAAGUGGAGUACAACAACCUCCUGGCGACCGGCACGGAGCGGAAGCCGCGCCCCCCGCACGACCACGCGCCGCCCUCCUGACACCACACCAUCAACUAGGCGUCCCCCCGCGCCCCCCGCCGACGCACCCAGCUCGUGACGUCACGUGACGAGGGGAACUCUGCGGGUUUACAUGGGUUGCGUACAUGCGACGCGUACGUGCUAUGAAAACAGGUCGGGCCGUUCGUGUAGAUGAUGACAUGCGCGGUUGAAUUCUUAUCGGUUAUGGCCAUCAGAGAAUUAUUCGAUGUGGAUGAGAUAUCAUUUUAUGUGUUGCUGAGGAAACGUAAAGUUAAAACGUUAUGACAAGUUUCGUUGAUGUAAAUUGAGCUCACAAUCGGGAAGCCAGUAAAGAUUGUAAAUAUAUUGGUUUAUUUAUUAUUGUAAUUUAUUUAAUGUAGGAUUGUGCAUGAUCGCCGGAUAGGGAAUUGUACCGCAAAAUGAAGUAAGUCUCCGAUUGUAUGAAGUUUGAUACUGUUCGUGGUCGGGUUGUCCUUUUGUAAUAUGGCAACACGCUUAGACACAAUAAAUAGGCAAUAUGAAAAUUGAAAUUGGUCUUGCAAGACAAUAAAAUAUUAACGUUAACAUUUCUCCAUUAUCUAGUCAAAUUUGAAUAAUACAGAUCUUUUUCCAAGCUAAGGUGUUGCCAGAUUUUUAAGAGAAAGUGUUGUUACUACAAUAAACUCUCGUCUGUGUAUAAUAACUAUUGAAUAAAAAUCGUUGUAGAGUAACGCUUUAUAUUAUAAUAUAUUUAAUUAAUGGAAGUGCUCCGAGGGUAGUUUUACAAUGUACUUAACGUGUAUUCCAUAUUAUAUUUAUUAUUACUGAUAAUGAGGAAACUAAGGUAAGGCUCUGCGGUGUGUGUCGUGCGAGAUAUAUUAACAGAUGAAAAAAAAGCGUUCCGAUUUGUUUAGGAAGAAAUUUUAAUUUUUCAAAACUAUCCGUUCGUCCUUCUCAAAUUUUCGACCUCAUUGUUUAUCCUGUAAAGUUGAAACUGAAGUAUUUUGCAGACGGUUUGCACUGUAACAGAGUCGGUAGUUGGAAUGCGACGAUAAGUCUACCAAGUGCCUCGCCGAGGUCAGUGUACAUAUAGCUUUACAUAGAAUAACGUGUGCCUCUCUGUUCGACCCAUAAUAAUCUUUAACUAAUGUACUUAGUAAUAUACAUCUCUUAAAACGAAACUUUAUAGAAAUUUUCUUUCACAUUUCAUGUUACCCUUAAUGUGCUUAUUUAAAAGUUGUUAAGUUGGACAGUGCUCAGAGCAGAGAGUAUUGUGGACGUGACACGAUAAUCGGAAUCGAAAAAUGAUCACAAUAAUUAUUUCUUGUCAUCUCCAAACUGCCUUCUGUUCUGGAUCGUAACUGUUUUGACAGUAUUUUUGUGUUCAGUAUAUUCUUAUGCAUUUACGGCUUAGAGUAGAUCCAUUUAUAACUCCCCGCUAGUGUUACGCACAGACGGCACACACAUACUAGUCUCGUGUACAGUGUUACUACAUCGUUUUAUAAUCUUCUAUUUUAUUAAGUACCUUGUAGCGACAUGGAUCGUAGCUAUGGUAUAUUUUGUUAAGCGUUUACAAAUGGUGUUGGACGUGUAGUUUGCGAUUUGCAAAUAUUAGGGCUCGGCGGAGGUGCUGUUGCCGUCGUGACACGUGACUACAUUUCUAAACUGACAAUAAUCUUUGAGCGAGACACAUCUGACAAUUUCAAGAUGACAGUAAUCUUAAAAUGUUACCUCUGGUAAAAACGUUUUUUUAAUUGAACUUCAAUACUCAACAGUUCCUCCGCCGUCCUUAGCUCGAUUGUAAUCCCAAUAGUUAAUGAAAUAAAGUAUAUAAUUAUAUAGCUAACCGAUUUUACUUUGACGGAAUCUUUAUUAGUAGCGAAUACGAUGUAAAUAUGGUUUCUAAAUAGCGUUUAUAUGGAGUAGAUAUGAAAUGUAGCAAUAUAUAGCUAGGAUGUGUUCAAACGAAGUUGUUUAGUUUAUUUCUAUUAAUUUUAUGCUUAAUUAAUUAUUUAUUAACUAGACAAUUUAAGUUAUUGCUAGCUGGCAACACUCGACGAAGCUACACCUUUUUCAAUGAAUACCUCAUUCGUGUAUGACACUAACGGUUGUCAAAAUCACAAUUUUUAGUACUUUUUUAAUUUAGCGCAAAGGUUAAGGGGCGGAGGCGCCUUCCGCCAGGAGUUCCAGUUCCAGUGACUUGUAUAUAAUUGUGACAGUAUUAUAAAGAUAGUGGUUCGCUUGUCUGAUGGGAUGAUAUUAGAAUAAUUGUAACCGAACUCGACGGACCUAGUCGUCGAAGUGAUCACAGCUGAUUAGGAGCGAUUUGUUUGAUGUCGAGUUUAAUAAGUUUUCGAUUCGUCCAGUAUUGUCGAUGAAGUUUGUCGCCAGUGUCGGGGCCCGUGAGUUACUAAUUUACCGAAAAUCAAAAAUGUUAAGCGUUAAAUUACUUUUUUAUUAAUUACACAUAAUGUUAUCCUUUGUGUAUUUACGUUCACGGGUCCUUUUUAUUAUUAGUAAAUGACUUUUUAUAUCAAUAUAGAGGUGGCUUAAUAAAUCGUGACAUACGAGUAAAAAUAUUGUUUGCAUACUUAUAGAAGAACAAAGGUGCGUCCGACGCGCGGCGUCUCGAUAUCAUUGGUACACAUCAUUCGUUUCAUUAUAUUAUAUAAAGUUUAUAUAGCGACUACAUAAAGUUUUAUAUGCGACUGUAACGUGUUUACGAGAUAUGAAGUUACUCGUUAGAUAGUAGCUUAUCGGUGUAGCUGCAGUUUUGUAUUGGACCCGCUCUCCGAAACUCCACAAGUGCCAACUCUAGACGGACGCGGCUCAGACAUUCCACUCGUGCGACGCUCGCGCUACCAAAGAGUAAAGUUACCUUCACAUUAAGGAAUUAAUGUAUCAUAGGAUUCUAGUGAAACUAAAUUGUCGAAUGUAUAUAAUUUUGCAUAUGUGUUAAAUAGCUUCGUAUAGUGGAGAGUAUUUAAUUGAAUUCGUACCGCCAGUAUUCCAUCCUGUGACGUACGAGCGGUAACAUUCCAGGCUUUGUGUAAGUUAUCGCUUUCCGCCCUCGCCUAUGACGUCGUUACAGGUAUCCGUGACACAACAGGGCAUCGCGUUAUGUCGAAAUUGUUAUUGUAGGCAGUGAUUAUUUUGACCAAUGUAAUCUGAACUAUGUAACGUUUGUAAAGACAUUUACUGAACGUGCGAUGCCGACAUACGUUAUGCAUUAUGAUAAGAGGUAAAUACAAUUUACACGAUACUAA